GCUUCUCCAGUGUGAGGAUUUACUGCUUUUCUCUGUUCUAUCAUUGUAAACUGGGCUCUUAGAAACUGUGAUGGACAUUUUCCAACAUUUUCACGUUUUAGACUUAACGAUAAAUCGAUCAAUUGUAAAAAACAAAAAACAAAUCCACAUAUUAAUUCAUCGUGAAAACACUCAUUAGUUGUAUUAGUUACUGUACUGCCAUAAAAAGGCUUAUGCACAACAAUGAUGAAACAUAUGACGAAAGCUGCUUCUGCAGAGCAGUGACUCACCCUGCUGUCACUCAUGAAGGAGUGGGCAGGGCUGCAGGGGAGAACAUGAGAACAGUAAACUGUGAAGGAGGGAACAAGAGGGAAUUUUCUUUUAGCCUAGUGGAGAUGCUUAAAAAGGGGAGUAUCACUCUGCUGGAGGUGAAGAACCACAGAGAGGCCAGUGGGAUAGGGGAGAGAGGUAAAGAUAGCUUAGAAACACAGAGGGACAAUAGACAAGACAGUAAUAUGGCCUUGGUUGCUCCUGUAAUCUAUUUGCACAUCACACUUUUCCAUAUUAUUCUGGAAAAAGGACAUGCCAUUGAAAAGGGUACCAGAGUACUGGGAGCUACAGCCCCAGGAGAUAUCAUCAUCGGAGGAAUCUUUGCCAUUCAUGAAGAUGUAGACAAAAAGAACAGCUCCUUUGCACCCCACCUACAGCCAUGUAUCAGGUUUGAAGACAGAGGCCUAGUGAAGGUGCUGGCUAUGAUCAAUGCUAUAGAGAUGGUGAAUAAAUCCCCUCUGCUGGCUGAUGUUAACAUCACUCUGGGCUACCGGAUCCUGGACUCCUGCUCCGAUGUCAGCACAGCUCUGAGGGCCACAGCAGACUUCACCCAGCAGGCCGACUGCCACGCAGGAAGCAACACCUCCACCUGUGGCCAGCCAGUCAUGGCUGUUAUAGGGGCCUCUAACUCUGAAACGUCCAUCGCUAUCGCGAGGCAACUGACUCUCAAGAUGAUUCCUCAAAUCAGUUAUUCAUCAACCGCUGUCAUUCUGAGUGAUAAGAGCCGCUUCCCUGCCUUCAUGAGGACCAUUCCUAGUGACGAACAUCAGACAGCUGCCAUGGUCAGUCUGCUCAGUGCCUUCGGCUGGAACUGGGUGGGAAUAGUUUCCACAGAUGGAAAUUACGGCCAAUCAGCCCUUGACCAAUUUGUGUCCCAGGCUUCUGAAAAUGGGAUCUGUGUGUCCUUCAAAUCAAUCCUACCUCAAUCUGUAACCGGUCAGGAAGUCUUCUCCGCUAUCAAGCAGACUGCUAAAACCAUCUACAAGAAUCCCAAGGUACAGGUGAUCGUGUCAUUUGCCAAGCCGACUCACAUGAUGUACCUUUACCAGGAGCUUAAGAAUCAGACGCUGACAGCAGGACAGAACAUGGAGUCAAUGAGAAGAGUCUGGGUGGCCAGUGACAGCUGGUCCUCCUCCACCUCUGUGAAAGGAAACUUAACUCUGGAGGACAUAGGACACGUUGUGGGCUUCACCUUCAAAAGUGGAGACCUGUUAUCAUUCAGUGAGUACCUGAGCAGGCUGGAGGCAGCUGGGCAUGACUACACGGGGAAUAACUCCUUCAUGCAGGAGUUCUACAUGCAGCUAAAUGCUAGUAAAGUUUCUGGAGACACUGAGCUAGUGUCUAAAGCUGUGAACACCCUCAGAGAACACACUGACACUGACACUAUCUUCAGUGUUGAGAUGGCUGUGAGCGCUAUUGCUCAGGCUGUGGCGUCUAUCUGCAGGAGCAGAGACUGCAAAACACCAGGCACAGUGCAACCCUGGGAGGUGCUGAAAGCUCUGUGCAUGCAGGAGUUUAAACUUAGAGAAAAGAGCUAUAGGUUUGACAGCAGAGGAGACAUCAACCUGGGCUACGAUGUGACAAUGUGGAGGUCAGGUGAAGGGAACAUCCAUGUCCAUGAUGUUGUGGCUGAGUACCACCCACACAACAACAACUUCACCCACACCAACUACAGCACCACCCAACAGUUCAAGGAGCUGAAGCACAUCAUCUCAAAAUGCUCCAAUAGCUGCAUCCCUGGAGAGUUCAAGAAAACAGCUGAGGGUCAACACACUUGUUGUUAUGAGUGCAUCAACUGUACUGAGAACUACUACUCUAAUAACACAGAUAUGGACCAGUGCCUGAGCUGUGACACAAACACAGAGUGGUCUCCUAAGGGCAGCUCCAGCUGCAUCCCCAAAGCCCUGCUCUUCUUCUCCUGGCAGGACGGCUUCGCUGUGGUGCUCCUGACCUUUUCUGUCCUGGGCAUCCUCCUGGUACUACUGGUGUCAGCUCUGUUUCUACAUCAGCGUGACACUCCUGUAGUGAAGGCUGCUGGCGGGCCACUGAGCCAGGCCAUCCUGUUCUCUCUGGUCAUCAGUUACAUCAGUGCCAUGCUGUUUGUAGGCCGGCCCAACAGUUUCCAGUGUAAGGCUCGACAGGUGCUCUUUGGCAUCAGCUUCACUCUGUGUGUCUCCUGCAUCCUGGUCAGGACCCUGCAGAUCCUGCUAGCCUUCCAGUUUGAUCCUGAGCUGCAGGAGGUUCUGCGGAGGCUCUACCAGCCUUACGUCAUUGUCAGCAUCUGUGUGGCCUUACAGGCAGCUAUCUGCAUCUGCUGGCUGGUCCUCAAAAGCCCAUUUGAUAACAUCAUCAGUUAUCCAACCACUCUGCUGGAGGACUGUAAUGAGGGCUCAUAUUUGGCCUUUGGGGUGAUGUUGGGCUACAUAGCUGUCCUGGUUUUUAUGUGUUUCAUCUGCGCAUUCAAAGGACGCCAACUGCCACAGCAGUACAAUGAGGCAAAGUUCAUCACCUUCAGCAUGCUGCUCUACCUCAUCUCCUGGCUGCUCUUCGUUCCUGUCUACGUCACCACUGCAGGAGUGUACCUGCCAGCUGUGGAGAUGGUGGUCAUUCUCAUCUCCAACUACGCCAUCCUCAGCUGUCAUUUCUUCCCAAAGUGUUAUAUAAUUCUUUUUAAGAAAAAACAAAACACCAAGAGUGCUUUCAGGAAGAAUCUGUAUGAAUACUCCAGCAAAACCACAGAUUCUGUCUCUGUGUCUGAGAGUUCAGUGUCAGAACGACAGUCCAGCGGUCAUCACUUCAUCAUCAGUGCUUCACCCCUCUCUGUACCUGCAGCCAAUCCUCUCGAACCCGCGGUGGUGACAAACUGCAGAGACGGGACUAGCUGCACAAGUUUGCGCAGCGGUUCAAUCACACGACACUGCCUCAGAAGAAGCACCAGCAUAUAAAUAUCAUUAUUUAAAAUGGGUUGUCAGAAAUGACUUAUAUUGAAUUGUACAUUUUAUUAUAAAGAUGAUACAUUUUAGAAGAUCUGAGCCUCUUUUUCUGUGUUUUCAGAAGUAAGAAGCCAGAAGUAUUUUCUGCUAAUGUUCCAUUUGUAUUUAUACAAUGGAUAUCCAAAAAAAAAACAAGCCCAAAUUUACUUACACUGGGAAGUCAUGGCAACCCUAACCAGAAACUACAACAGCGGAAUCGUGAUCCUUUAAUCCUUUAAUUGGUGCAUUUCAGCAAAUCAGAGUGGCUUUGACUUUGACAGAUUUCACAAAAGAUAUCUGGGAGAAUCCCAUCAUUAUGAAAAUAACCACUAAAAAGAGAGUAUAAUAAGGACAUAAUUCAAAGUCCCUGUGGCAAUUCCAUUUUCAAAUUAGAAAUUAAUUCAGCUUUAUUGUCUAUCAUGGUGGAAAUUUGUCUUUAGCACACCAAAACAUAAAAGCAGAACAGAAACAUGUAAGAUAUACAAUAAAUAUGGUAAAACACAGUCAGAGUAUAAAACACAAGUCACUAGUGAAAAAUAGAAAUGCAACACAUUAAACAAAACAUAAUACAUUAAAACAUAAAAUAAAAUACUUCUGCAGCAAGAUUUUUUGUAUUUAAAUGCUGAUUGCACUUGGAAUAAUAUAAAGUGUCUCAUAGUGAGGGAAUAAAGGAUGAGAAGUUUCUGUCAGGAUGUCCAUAACUUCACUUCAAUUCAAUUAAAUUUUAUUUAUUUAAAUUUUAUUUAUUUGCACAAUGCAAAUACC